AUGACUGAACCGAAACUGGCUUCCACAGGUCUCGAACCAAGAUCCAGCAGUCCUCUUCUAGAUGAUGCGGAUAUUGGCGAUGGCCACGAUACUCAGACUUCCAUUGACGAUCCGAUAAUUGUUGAUUACGAGGUUCGAAGAACCGGGCAGCUGUUGGAGCAAGUACGAGAGAGACUGGAACAACCAAUCCGUACCUCGACUAGCACUGAACUGGAAUCCUACACUUCACUGCUUCAAGAUGCGGAUGUUGAUGAGAACCACGAAGAUGCAGACUCAUCUGCGUCUCCUCUGAUGCCAAUCAUGGAGGAAAAUGCUCCAGUUCCUGCUCGAGUACCUGCUCAGGAAAGAAGACAGGUGCAGGAUGAGAUGUCCAUCUUGGGCGUCCCACGAGAAACCAUCGAGGAGAUGAUGAGAGAGUGGAGUAAGAUCUUGAUUCAAGGCCUUAGGAAAGAAAAUACACGUGAGCAAGGGGGCAGUGAAGACGUGGAGCUUGGAGAAAUGUUGAGAGCGAUCGAUAGUGAGCUUCUUCAGGAGGAGCUAGCUCAGCCCGUAGAAUUGGGGGAGGGAUCUUGGGAUGGAGGGUUAGUGGAGGUUAUGAGUGAAGAGCAGAUUGAAGCAGAGGAUACGCGGCGGGCACUGGAACUCAAGACCGACAUAGAGAGAAUGAUUCGCGGCUUAGGACCAUUGACAACGACAUAUGCACCGUUCGAGCCACCUGCGGAUUGCUGGUCUAUCUAUUGGGUCGGAAAUGAUGAAGCUAUAGCGAAUGAGCCGAGGGAGUGUACUCCACAGACGUGGCAGGGUACAGCAGCAGAGAUGCAGGCUGCUCGACUGGAACUUUGGACGUUACGUGAAACACCAAUUCAAGGAGUACUCAUACCGUACAAGUCAUGCGCUUGUCGCCUAAGACUUAUUGGAAAACGAUUGCACGAGGUCACCAUUGAUCUUCUAAGAGGGUUACCCUUUAGUUCAUGGCACACUGCUGAGGAUAAGAUCGCUCUCGCCAGCUACAAUGGUGCAAUGUUGCUGAAGAUUAUAGUAGAAUAUCUCUGGCUGGUAAGAAGGAAGAGGGAGAAAGCAACUAUCAACGAAACGCUGAGGAUAUGCUGGCAACGUGGGAUCAUCCAUGCGGAAAAGGACAUCGGUAAUGACGGAAAACCAUCAUGGAAUAAUGUGAGACUAAGCGUCUACUUGGUGCUGCUGUCUCUACACUGCGUUGAUGUCUGGGAUUAUCUCGGAGAAAUUGGUCCUGCGUCUUGGAGACCCUCAAUUAACCGUGAUUUGAGACAAAAUGUUGAACAUCUCGUGGGCAGUGGAAACUCGCUGGAUGGCCAAGAACUAUUGAUGGGAACAGCGAAGUACUUGUCGAGAUCACUAUACAAGUUCAAUUUUUGUUCUGACGUUUGCCUUCAGUGGCUUUGGAGUGAUGGUGAUCAAGGAAUUCCAAUGUGUAGUGAGGAAAAAUCGGGCAAAGUUUUCCAGCGAGAAGACUUUCGAGUCGAUAUACUUCAAGUGGUUGGAAGGCUCCAAGUCUUGUGGACAACUCAGGUGGAUGAACACCUUGUGAUUUUCGAAGGCAGAACUGGUCAUCCGGUGUUGAAGUUGUUCUGGUUUCAUUUCAACACAAGCUGGUCCCGUGCUUUGGGCUGGGAAGAACCUGAAGAUAAAUGGAACGAGGCUUACAUGACUCUGAAGCUCAUUUUCUGUGACGUUAGAAGCAGAAAAGCUUAUCGUGAUGUUGAACUGCCACGUUGGUACUGCUGCUCCAAAACACAGUGGGAUCCAUCAGGAUUUGACAGCGACCGGAUCAUUUGCGCGGAAGUGCAGUCACAUCUCAAAAAUGGUGGAGAGGAAUUACCUAUUCAAAUCCCCUACUCGGACUAUCCACAUUACGAGAAGCAACUCCGGCAAUUGAAAUACUAG